AUGGAGCUGGGAAGCCCGCGCGAGUUGCUGUCAGGGACGAGGCCCAGGAGUGGCUCCUCCUCUGCAAGCCUUUCCGAAUCGGAGUCAAGCAGUGAGGAUGAGAUGAUGCUCCAGAGCCUCAGUGUGAACACCCUCAUGCGACAGCGCGUCCGCGGCGUAGUCGGCUUCAGCGACGCGGACGAGUUCCUUGAGCCGAAAGUGACCCAUCUGCCCACCAGGCAGAUCUUCAGGGUGCCCUCGCGAACAGCGCUGUCCAUCUUGAUCGUGCUUGCUGCCUUACUGUCCUCCGGGCUGACCUUUGUCUAUCCCAUGCUGACGUGGCAGAAUGUGAACCUAGAGACGGUGGAGGACUUUCAAGCCUCCAUCAGCGAGCAGGGCAAAGAAUUGCAUCGGCUGGUCCACGAUGCGAGCGUUGCGAGCUACCAUGAGCUGCUGCUGAACAUCGAGUGGUCCAUCUGGUGGUUCGUGAUUGAGCAGCCAUCGAAGGCUGUGCAGUCCCUGUACUCUGCUCUGAUACUGGAGCCUGGCUGGCAACAGCAGUCCAGCCAAAUCGCGGUGGCUGCUCGAACUAUCCUGACCACGCAGUACUGGGUCAACAGCCCUGCCUUCUCCAUGGAAAAGGUGAUACGCGGGGGCAGCGUGGGUGCAGCGCGCAACCUCUGCGCUGCCUACUGCACCGGUCUGUUCAUAUGCGUGCAACGCGCAGCUCCAGGAACGGACGACUUCAGGCUACUGACAGCACCUCCUUACUCGGUGCCCGGAGGAACCACGACCGUCAGCAUCUACAAGAUUUCUGGUCAUGGUGAGCCUGCUUCCUUGAAUGGGACGAUUGCGGGAUACAAGCCGACGCAGAGCGAGGAGUAUCUCUACCAGGUUCGGGCCUCUUCGUAUGGAGAUCCCUUGAACUCCUCCUCCGAUGCCUGGGCCGGAAUCUUUCGAUUCCCAUUUGAGAAAGAGCUCAGGGCGUCCGGCAUCCGGAAGUCCGCCCAUUGCGGGUACGGCAGGACGUUGCCCAUCCCGAAGUGCACCGGAUGCCCGGGGCCUUGCGGGGUACUUUUUUCGCACAUCCCGUUGACGGCGGCUUACUCUGCAUGCCAAGAGAACUGGGUCGCCAUCCGAAAUCGCUUGGCAAAUUCUGUCUACGACUACCCUUUGACUGAGAGGGAGUCCACCGUCUUCCUGAUGGUCCUGGAGUCAGCAGCCAGUCCCGAACAAGUUGGCUAUCUUGUGGCUGCCAGCAAUAGCAACUAUGCUGCUGAGUGCGACUUGAUGCCGGCUGUCGACUUUGCGGUCCCUGUUGUGAGCAGAGCGGCUCGGGUGCUGUCCUUGCGCUUCGGAGCAGAUUGGAAGGCGAAGGAGCUCUCCCAGAAGAACUUCACCAUGAACUUCACCACCGAGGGUUUGGAGAGCGACCAGUGGAAGCCUUGUCCGCCAUGGCAACCGCAUGCUUCCCACCUGGAGUGCUUCGGGUUGGGGACGCGGCGGAUAAAUCUUGACGAUGGCCUGGUGUGGCUGGCUGUUGUGGUGCUACCCUGGGGUGCAUUCACCAAUGGGACACUGCAGCAGCAGCGCAUCAUCGCGGAUCGCGUCCAAGACCGCAUGGAUGCAAUCCACGCAGCGCGAGCAGACACCUGGCGAAAGGCGGCACUGCUCGUCUGCUGCGCGGUGUUUUUUGUCCUCACGGCAGGCUGGAUCAUCAGCACCGUUGCAGUCCGAUCGUUGGACAGGCUGCUGGACUAUUCGCGCAAGCUGGCGGUGCUUGACUUUCGUGGGCUCCCAGGCUUGUAUCGCUCUAGCACGCUGACGCUGUCUCCCUUGAGCGAGGUCGCGGAGCUUCAAGUGGGCUUUGUGAACCUCGCCCGCAGCGUCGAGUGCUUCGCUCGCUUCGUGCCUGAGACAGUCGUGCGCUCCAUCCUGCGUGGGGAUCGCAACUCCACCACCAUCAACGUCCGGAAGCGGCAGGUGACGAUCAUGUUUUCGGACAUCCGUGGCUUUACUUCGAUCUCGGAGGUGUUGUCACAAGAGGAUUUGCUUACGUUGCUCUACCUCUACCUCAGUGAGAUGACGAACAUCGUUGAGCAGAGGGGUGGUGUCGUGAGCGAGAUUCUCGGCGAUGGUCUGCUGGUUCUCUGGAACACCCCGGAUGACUUGGAGGACCACAAUGUCGCAGCCUGCUCGGCGGCGAUCGCCCAGCAGAAGGCACUUCCAAAGUUGAACGCCACCUUCGCGGGCAUGGGGCUGCCGAGUGUGGCCAUACGCAUCGGGCUGCACACUGGCGAUGUUCUUGCCGGCAACAUUGGCAGCAACAAGAAAAUGAAGUACGGCUGCAUGGGCGACCCGAUCAACCUAGCAAGCCGGCUUGAAGGGCUCGCCAAACACUACGGGGUCGGCACACUGUGCUCAGAUGCGACGUGCGCGUCUUUGCCCAACACAUUUCUGCGCCUGGCCUACUAUGGGGGUCGGAAGAAUUACUACUAG